GAGGUGUCCUGCGACGUGAGCGUGGCGGCGGGAGAGGCAGAGCGACAGGAGUUCUCUUUCACUCUCUACGACUUCGAUGGACACGGAAAAGUGACGAAGGAUGAUAUCGCCGGCCUGGUGCGCACCAUCUAUGAGGCCGUCGGGUCGUCGCUGUCGUUACCGCCCAGCGGCUCCCGCACCAUCAGGGUCAAGCUCACGGUGGCUCCGGAGGGCCGCAGGGGCCGCGGCCACCCCGGCCCCAGCCCCCACUCCCCCCCGCAGCCGCAGCAGGACGCGCCCGGAGACAAUGGCAAGGCGAGGACGGCGGCGAGCCCUGUAAGGCCGCCCCGGGCCGCGGCCACCGCAGGCGGAAGACGCGGCGGCGCUCCACGUCCCUGCAACGGCACGAGCUGCUGCAGAUCAUCCAGGCCAACAUGGAGAAGAACAACUUGUACUACACGCCGCUGCACCGCCGCCGCGACCACCUGCACCACCACGACCACCACCACAGCCGCAGGCGCCGCAGGCACGGGUGCGGCUGCGAGCACUCCGGGUCGCCGCCGGACCCCGCCGAGGUCAAGGCGCGCCUGCUGGAGCCCGAGUGCCCGUGCCGCCACACGCACUUCCACAGCCACACGCACGGCCCCUCCGCCACCGCGCCCACGGCGGCGCCCUGUCGACGGCACAACCGGUCGCACUCGCACGACCUCUCGCACGAUUCGCCGCACGUGUUCCGCUACCACCUGCUCGACAAGACCUUCCAGCCGCUCCCGCCCUCCAACACGCCGGACCAGCCGCCCUCGCCACCGGCGCCCCACCACGCCCACCCGGGCCCCCCUCACCACCCACACUACCACCACCCACGGCACCACCACCACCACCACAGGUCCAGGUCGUUUGACGCGGGGACACCCACAGGUCCUCGCCGCGGGGAAGGUCUGCCAGAUCGAGUCGCGGACAGCAGCAGCAGCAGGCAAGCGAGAGCCCACAGCUGAAACAGGAGCAGCAGCCAGCCUUAUCCCCGCGGCUGGAGCACGAGGGCGGGGGCGAGGUGUCCCCGCACCACACCAAGCACCGCCACAGGGAGGCGGACCACGCGAGGGCCAUGGCGCAGGUGGUGGCCUGGCUGGAGCGAGGGUCGCUGCUCGACUCCCCGACGUCCACCGCCUCGCCGGACACUGGUGGCAGCGGUGGGAUCGGGCUUGGCGGCGGAGGGGCCUGCAAAGAGCAGCUGCACCACGUCCACCAGCACAUCCACCACCACUACCACCACUACUCCGAGAAGCAGCCUCCGCCUCUGCUGAUUUGAGAGCGGGUAUGCCACCACCCCAGGUCCAUUGUGGUGUGGGUCACUGUGGCACGCCAUCUCGGUUGCGGCUGAAUGCUCACUGCUCUCCCACGCAGCUCCAGCGUAGAAGGAAGAAGUGUGAAGGUGAAAACAAAGUGCGUGAACAAUGCUUUCAUUGAACCUUGCGUGGCGGUCAUGGGUAGGAAUAAACUGUGUUGGAUCAAGAUUGUAUUCUUCCAGAAGGACACUGUGCAAGUGCCAUCCAUGGAGAUUCAGUGUGUGUUUCUUUUCACCUGGAAGCUGUGCUCUGGGGGAAUGUGGGUGAAACAAUAGGUGCUUUGCUGAUUCCCUUUGCUGGUCAGUACAUAUCCCUGACACAAUCUCUCUUCCACUAUGACGUUGGAUUAGAGAAAGUGAACUUACAACGUGUUGAACUAAUCAUGGAUUGGGAAUAUAAUUUUUUUUUUUUUUUUUAUUAAUUGAUAUGUACUUUUUUCUCUUUUUUAUCCUUGCUGUGUUAUAUGCAGAUAUUCAGGACUUGGCAUUUGCAACAGGAAUCAUUCCACUGUGAAUUAAAUACAUAUUCCAGUUUCAUUCCAGUACUGUCCCCUCUUGUUACAAUAAGGCCACUAAGCAUGCAGUUGUCAAUGGAGUCCCAACCUUGGUGCAAAGUUAGAUUGCAUUUAAGUGUUUUAAGAGUGAUAUAUAACCCAAGAUGUCAUGAUAAGCCGAUAUGGAAUGCGCUUUCUGAAUUCUGAUUGAUGACGUCAGGAAAGUAGGAAAGUUGGUGUGACUUCGUUCCAGCCAGUUCAACUCCUUUCGGUGUCCACGGCGGUUAGGAGUCUUUUCCAAAUUAAAUGUAUUUUUAAUCAAUGAUAAUUUCGGAGUAAUGUACAAUGACCUUUUUUCUGCAUGGGCGUCGAAGGUGCAAACUGUCUAGUAAUACAGUUAUACAAACAAUACAUUUAUUCAUUAAAUGUUAAUUGAUGUUCCAUCAUUAGCAACAUCCGUAUCAGCGUGUUAUUUCAACGAUUAACAAAAGAAAAGAAAAAAAAGGUUACCAUUCUUUAACAAUUAAAAAGAAAUAACGAGUUAUCUCCUGCAUGUGUGCAUAUCAUACCUUUAACAACACCAAUAACAAUAUAUCUGUUGGUCAUUAACUCCCACGCAUGUCAUUAGCCGUGACAGGCCAACGGAACCUCUGGCAGGACGCGCUGCCACUGAGCCACAAAGUCAUAUCUUCGGUGCUGUAAUGAUAUUUUCAUAUUUUCAGUCGCAUCUCGUGUUCAAUGUCAUGUCUUUCUUUCUCACUGCAACUUCCUUUUACAGCCAGAUGUCGAAUCUUAUUCUUUCCUUUGAAUUCCGUUUUUUUUAUUAUUUUUUAUUCUUUAUUUAGGUGGGAGGUUGU